AGCUACAGAGAGUGAAGACGAAGAGGUCGGUGUGCGAGAGAGAGCGGACUCUGUGUGCGCGUGUGUCUUUUCGCUUAUUUUGCGGGGUGCGCGCGAGGAUGAGGACGGCGCGCGCGUGAGUGGAGCGAGAGAGUGAACGGAACCCCGGCGGAACACGCGAGAGGCUACGGUCAAGGAUCGGACCUGCUCGCGCAAGAUAGAAAGGAAACUCCAGCUUUGGAUCUCGUGUGUGUGUGUGUGUGUGUGUGUGUGGACGAGGAGGCAUCGCUAUAACGGAGCGGCGGAGAGCGACGGCACUGCGCGGUCCCCACAAUGAACGAACGUGUGUGAGCGAGUGGAGACACUGUGACGUCCUUCAUCACUGUUGAAAAAGGUCCUUGUCGAAAUCUCCUACGGCUCCUACAUUCACUCUUCCGGACUGUCAUUGUGUACAACUACUGGGCGUCCAAUCAAAAUCUGGAACAUUGAGGCACCCGAUUCAACACGGUUGGAAAUUUGGUACCGAGAUCUGCUGUUUCUGAUUUGAGCCAUGGAAACCUAGCUGGAACAUCCGGAUGUCCGAUCUUUACAUUGAGAACUACCAGCGGUCUAUUCAGAACCAUUGAGAACCAACAUUGGUCCAGUUUGUACCUUGAGAACAACCAGGGGUCCAGUGAGAACUAUGAGACCCAACACUGUGGCAUUCAGAACCAGUAAGAACCAACAAUAAUCCAGUUUGUUCUUUGAAAGACCAACAGUUGUUGAAUUUUUUUUUAGUACUGUAGAACUGUUGAGAGCCAACAGUGGUCUAGUGAGGACCAUUGAGAACCAUUACGAACCCAACAGUUGCCCAAUUCAUACCUUGGGAACCAUCAGACACAUUGAGAUCCAACAGUGGAUUCUACAGAACUGUAAAUCCAGUCUUGCUCUAACCAGUUCUCUCAUUCAAGCGUCACAACUUUCACGAUCAGAACAAUCGCUACACACCGAGACGUCCCGUUCCUCCAAUCAGAACCAACAUCUGGAACUGUCGAUCAUCUGAUCAGGAUCAUCGUUGUCCAAUAAUUAUUAAAUACAUUUUUUAUUUUUUAUUUUAUAUCCAAUCAUUAAAAGUAUACCUGAGGAAAUGGGCGGGGCUAAAGUCCUCCUCGUGAUGCUGGUGAUCGGCUUGGACCAUGUGAACUGUGUGAACUGGAACCCAGUCCCACGCAAGACCAUCCGAUAUCACGAAGUGAUAGACAACAUGGCACGCUUUAAGGCCCAGGGUGUGUUUAACUACACCAUGCUGACUCUGUCUGAGCACGAGCGCGUCCUGUACGUCGGCGCCAGAGAGACGCUAUUCGCCCUCGACCCCAAUGACAUCACACGCCAGCUCCGCCCCCAGAUUGACUGGCCGGCCCCCGGGGAGAAGAAGAAAGAGUGUGCAGAGAGGGGAAAAAACAACCAGACGGAGUGUUUUAACUACAUCCGGUUCCUGCAGGGUUACAAUCACACACACAUGUACACUUGUGGAACCUACGCCUUCCAGCCCAAGUGCACCUACAUCAACGUGGAUCACUUCACCCUAAACAGUGCCGCCCUGGAGGACGGGAAGGGCAAGUGUCCCUAUGACCCCGCUAAAGGCCACACAGGCCUCAUCGUAGAUAAGGAGCUGUACUCUGCCACUUUGAAUAAUUUCUUGGGCACGGAGCCGGUGAUCCUGCGCAACCUGGGACAGCAACACUACAGCAUGAAGAGUGAAUACCUGCCGGCCUGGCUCAACGAGCCGAACUUUGUGGGCUCUGCGUUGGUGCGUGAGAGCAGGAACAGCCGCGAGGGAGACGACGAUAAAAUCUACUUUUUCUUCAGCGAGAGAGCCGUGGAGCUCGACUGUGACGGAGACCUGACUGUAGCCCGAGUGGCUCGUGUGUGUAAGGGGGAUCAGGGGGGAACUCGGACGCUGCAGAAGAAAUGGACGACGUUUCAGAAAGCUCGCUUGGUUUGUUCUCCUGAGCGUCACAUCACCUUCAACCACCUGCAGGCCGUCUUCACCAUGCAGGGAGCAGACUGGAGGAGCACCGUCUUCUACGGAGUCUUCCACGCCCAGUGGGGGGACGUGGACGUCUCGGCCGUGUGUCAGUACCACAUCGGGGAGGUGAAGAGUGUGUUUGAGGGCCCGUAUAAGGAAUACCGCGAGGCGUCUCAGAGAUGGGGGAGAUACACCGGAGUCGUCCCGAACCCGCGACCCGGAGCGUGCAUCACGAAUUUCGACAGAGAGAACGGAUAUAACAGCUCGCUGCAGCUGCCGGACGCGACGCUCAACUUCGCCAAGAAACACCCGCUAAUGGAGCUGAGGGCCGAAGCUCGACCCCUGAUGCUCUCCAAGGGAGUGAACUUCACCCGCAUCGCAGUGGACCGAGUGAGCGCCCUCGACCAGAGAGCGUACAGCAUCCUGUUUAUAGGAACAGCUGAUGGAUGGCUCCAGCGAGUGGCGAUUGUUGGAUCUGAGGCUCAUGUGAUCGAAGAGAUCCAGCUGUUUGAUUGUGCGCAACCAGUCGACAGUCUCACCAUCUCACACACCAAGAAGUACCUGUACAUCGGCUCUCGGUCCGAGGUGUUGCAGUUGCCCUUGGCUAAUUGCAGUCGUUAUCACUCUCAGCCGGACUGCUGGCUGUCUCGAGAUCCGUACUGCGCCUGGGACAGCGAGGGACGAGCCUGCGUCCGCAUCGACCUCCACCGCGGGUCCAUGCCCACUCUCACUCAGGAUCUCAUGCUAGAGAGGUUCAAUCGAGGGUCGAAGGCUAAGUUUGAUAAGCCAGUCUCUAUCCCGAGUCCAGAACAUUCUCGUCUGAGAAAUGUGACCGUGGUGGUCGGUUCGGACCUCGUCCUGCCGUGCCAGCUGGUCUCGAACAUGGCACGUCCUUCAUGGGCACUGAACGAUCGCGAGCUGUUGCUCUCUUCAGACUCGGACACUUCAGGUCCCCGUUUCGAUCGCACCCUCCGUGCUCUGGUCAUUCCACAAGCAGGUGCCCUCCAGGCUGGACGCUACGUGUGCUACUCCGAGGAGCAAGGUGUGAAGUUCCAGACGGAGCGCUACCAGGUAGCCGUGGUGGCGAGCGCGCCGGUGUUCAUGGAAGCUCGAGCUCCGGAUGCCAGCAUGGGGCUUUUCUGGGUGCUGGUGAUUGCGUUGGGCGUGACGUGCCUGGUGCUGCUCGCCGGUGCCCUCUACCUGCGCCGGAGGUUGAAAUUAGCUUUGGGGAAAGCGGGGACUUCAGAGAUGAAGCCACUGGAGAGUACGCUGGUCUACCCGAUUACACUGCCCAAAGAGACCCCAAGCUUCGUCCCCAGCAAGAUGCCCACCAGCUCGAACAAUGACGAGGAUCGGUUCUGGGAAACUGGCGCCAAUUAUUACUACUCAGACGGUUCAUUGAAGAUCGUUCCCGGACACGCGACUUCGUCUUCGCCCAGCACUAUUCCCGGGCAGCCGCUGCACUCGCCAAGCCGCCUAAGCCUCACGAACAUCCGGAACUCCGGCGCCAACGGGUAUGUCCGUCUUAGCCUUAGCGUAGCAGGCGAAGACCGGGCAAACGGAGGCAUGAGCGCAGGAGGAGUGGGAGGAGUUGGAGGUAAGCUGGGAAUUGGUGCCAGAGAGAACGACUACACCAGCCCCUUCAAGGAGGAGCUCCGGAGGACUCUGCAGCAGAGAAGCGUUCUGCCUGACGCCAACCCGGAAGAGUCAUCGGUGUAGAGGACAAACAGACGCCAAACAUUCGACUACCUCCCUCCUUCACGGAGAAGCAUCCUUCCUCUCUCUUUGACAUCCACUGGACACAUCCUCACUCUAUAUCUCUCUUUCCAUCUCUCUAUCUCUCGCUCUCGUCUAACACCAUCAACCCAAUCCAGCACGUGGCAUGCUAAUGCCCAUAUACAGAGUCCCUCCAUCAGCAGAAAGAGGUUUCAUUUCAUCGCGUAGCUAACCGAAAAAAAACUACGUGAUUUAGCUGUCACUAAAAUCUGUGGGAGGAGCCAGACCUAUUUGCAUUCUGUUUCCGGAUUAGUGGAGGGAAAGAGGGCGUAAAAAAGAAAUCGGGAAAACUUUUCAGCAGGAUGACAAUCAUACUUUCUGGAACAUAAAAGUGUGAAAGACAAGAGAGAGGACGAAUGAAAUGAAGGGAGCUGUUCAAGCGGAUGAAAAAGACUUUUUACGCAGCUCGUUUUUUUUUUUUUCUUUUUUAUCUUGACUUUUAUCUUUCCUUCGGAGAAUGUGUUCAGUUUCAAAGCACUAAUAUAUUGUGACGUUUGUAAUCUAAAGAUUUUUGCUUUGUAUUUCUGGAGCGGUUGGAGAACAACUGCGGGGAACGUUGAGGCGCCCUUUAGAGGAACGUGAACAGGAGGACGGACACUUUUCUCACAGUCCUUCAGCAAAGACACUCGAUUCCGACUUGAAAAAAAACUGUGUUCUUGUUAAACCAAAACUGUACUUCAUAACUGUAAAAAAUGAUGUUUCAACAAAGUGCAUUAAUGCUGAAUCUGAAUCACUUCUGGAUAUUUACACGGCUGUGGAUAAACCCACCCUGAUUGGAUGCCAGAAGGCCAGAUCGAUGCCCAAUUAUCCAAACAGAGGCUGCGUCUGAUUCAAUAUGGUGAGCGUUCUGAAACUAUGUUAUAUGGAUUAAGGUUUGUGGACACCUGAUCAAUUGUUCUCCUUCUGGAACAUCCCUUUCCACAUUUUCCCAGCCACAUGCUCUUAUAGUAACCUCCACUCUUCUGGGUAGAUGUUCCACUAGAUUUUGGUUUUGGACUUAGCGUUUCCAUGACAACCGGUCACUAAAUUAGCUAGCUAUCCGCAACAAGUGGAUUCUAAGCGUGACCCAAAGUCUUAAAGUUUUUUUACAGGAAGUGAGGUCAUCUGUAGCCCCGCCCCUGAUCCCCCUUCCCUCCUCCCUUCUUGAAUCCGAGUCAUAUUGUAAUAUCUCUCUUUCUUUCUCUUUUCAGCGUCUCCACAGACUGACAAAAAUGCAAGGACGUUUAAUUUCAUUUUUUUCUAUAAUAUUACAAAUGGAUACAUCUGUCCAUCUCUCCGUGAGGUACUACAGCGGACUUUACCUUCACCGGUCUCUUCUUUCCUGCAUGAAGCUCUACAAGCCGGCAUUAUUAUAAUUUUUUUCUUCCGAAGUGCAAAAGUUCACCAAGUCUUACUCACGACUCUCAAAAAAAAAAAAAAACGAGAGAGAAAGGACAAAAGAAAGAAAGAGACAUUGUAAUUUCGUUUUGUCUUUUUUUUGUAUCAUUUCGCUGUGCCUCUUCAGCACGGGCUAAGCCAAAGUAGACUGCAGAAGGUUUUUCUUCCUCUCCUCCUCCUCCUCCUCCUCAUUCCUUUCUUUUAUUUUGUUUUUAUUCAAGUUCAGAUUCUGUCUACCGCACAGAAAAAAGGACUGUUCUACUCCACAAGUGUUCGUUAUUACUCUUUUUUUAUUUUUUGAUGGAGAAAGAGAAAAAAAAUCAAUAUAUUUUGUGGCAUGACAGCUUUAUGAUGUUUUUUUUUUCUCAAGCAGCUCUGCGUUCUGUUGUCCAAACGUCAGAUACGAUUAAAAAAAAAAAAAAAAAGAUAGAGAAAGCAAGUCGACAGUAAUGGGAAUUUCACGGAGGAUUCUUUCGCCUUUUCACACAAGAUUAGUUUACCGUCAUUUAUCCGAGCGCCGCGAUGAGACGAAAAAGAAAAAGAAAAAAAAGCGGAAAAAGGGUGGAUUUCUUUUUUUUACAUCGUACAGAUCUGCUUUCGCCACGGGUGGGCGUGUGUCGAUCCUCAAAAGAUUUAGAUAACGACAUGAUUAUUGUCUACUUUUAAAUACGCUGUGUGGCCAAAAGUAAGCCAGCUUGGGUUGGAAGAUGUGGUAGAUCUUCUGCUAUAGACCUCCCCAUUUAACGUCAUGAAUGCGACCACUGACUGCACCCCCAAGCCUCCUCACUUUCUCACCGACAUCAGAUAUUACUAACACCCGUGUGUCUGAAUAAAUCUCCACCAAAAUCUAGUGGAACAUCUUCCCAGAAGAGCAGAACUUAUUAUAAGAGCAAAUGGAAAUGGGAUGUUCAAAAAAGAUACACAUACCAAUCUUAGGGUCAGGUGUCCACAAACUUUUGGCUGUACAUUUUAUGACCAAAUUGGAUAAAUGUAGAUAUUUUCUUGGAGAAGAUAAUGAUUGAGGCCUACAGAGUCCAAAGUUUGCAGUUUUUUCAUGACAAACUUCUUCUGGAACAUUCCUGAUACGAGUUCCUCUCCUUGCUUACGUUAUAGCAGCUAUAAACCGCCGCUCGCACACCAACCUGAUCAUCUCACCACGUUCCCCAGAAACCGUUCCACAUUUUCUCCAGCAGUUCCAAAGCUUCUGACACUGGAGACUCCUUCCUAUGGAUGUUAACAUAUUUACGGGAGAAAAAAAAAAAGCUGUGAUGUUGACGAUCACGGAUUUUCAUGUAAUCUCGAUCAGUUUACACUCCCUGCGGACGAGGUGUUGCCAUAGAAACGACGGCGUGUGCCCAACAGCAUUAGCUGAACAAUAACUAAAUGAUUACAUUAAAAUAUGAUAUCCAGCGCUGCUAUUACGGAGGCGGUCGUAGGUCGUUUUCCGACAGCAGAUUUUCAGCAGAUUUUCCGACCAAUCGGAACUCUGUGUCGCUUUUAGUCACGUGUUCACAAAAACGUCUGCCGGGUUUCAUGUGCAAACUGAAAUUCUUUUCAGAAUGAAUACGAUACGUUUAAUCGUAAAACCGUAAUUGCGACGAUGGAAAGUUAUUUCGGCAAACGGAAUUACAAAAUAAGAAAAUGGCCGACACGUCGAUGGUUGUUUAAUGGUUGCUAUGGCGACCUGCUAGAACUUACGCAGGAAGGCUGCUCGCUUGGAGAAAUGCUUUGGAAAGGUAUUGAAAAUAAAUCCUACAUUUUUUUUUUACAAGGAACCCAAAAAAGUCAUCCAGUGGAAUUCAUCCACCGAUCAGGACGUGAUGGAGUGCACUUUUAAGAAAUCUGUGAGAUUGGGUAUUGAGACACAGCCUCAGUGUUUGCUUUGGUAUUCCCGGUCCGUGUUUAUUCAAGCAACUUCCAAGAAGCAGGAUUCGGACACAAGCCAUGUGCUAAAGACUAAAAUCGAGUCCAGGGUAACACGGGGGCUCAGCAAAUGCACUAAAUGCUGCUUAAUCCGUCGUCGUAACGCAGGUGGAGGAUUGAAACACGGCCCAUUUGGUUGAGAAAAUGUUUGAGAAAAAAUUGUGGCCACUUUUUUUUUAACCGUACUGACUUUUUCUCUCUCUAACACACACACACACACACACACACACACACACACACACCGCAUGGCCUGUGUCGGGUUGUAAAGACACCGUUUCUGCUCUUCUUUUGUGGCCAAAUGUUGAUCUGCUUCUUUACGGUUGCUGUUUUUUUGUUUGUUUGAUUGUUUACUUAACUGCCUGCUGUUUUUUUUUUUUUUUUUUAAUAAAUGUGUCUUGUGGUUGUUUUUUAAUUAUUAUUAUUAUUAUUAUUAUUAUUAUUAUUAUUUUCUAAUUUUAAGUAUAAUGUUAGUAACUUAUUUCGCUUGUACAAAAAAACCCGUGGAUAUUUAUUAUUAAUGUACAUAUGUCCUUAUUUUUUAUAUAUGUACAUAUUCACAUGAAAUAAAGUUCGAUUCACCGAGUGUGAGCUGCGUUUUCGAAAA